AUGGAUUCCAGUACAGAAACCAGUUCUGAACAAGGCACACACGAAGCUCUUAAAGAGAGAAUUAUUGCCACCAAUAAACUAUUUAAAUACUUGGCCACAGCACGUGAUGAAAUCACGGUCAAGAAUCAAGAGAUCGAAUUCAAGACACAAGAGAUCAACAAGUUAAGAGAGACACUCAACAAUUCACUCCGUGUUGUCAAGCUACGUGAUCAAAAACAGGCAGAACUCACUCAAGAAAGUGAACGUCUCAAGUUGACCAUCAAGGAACUUGAACAUCGACUACAAGUACAAGAAAACUCACCAGAACACCAAAAAAAGCUAGAUGAACUCAACAAGAAACUUGCUACUGUACAAGACGAAAAGGCAGCACAGGAGAGUAAAAUCAUCAGCAAAGAGUCCUAUAUCAAACAAUUAGAAGCUCAAUGCCAUGAACUAAGGGAAAACCAAAAGAAACAGAUAGAAGUCAUUCACAAACCAAAACAACCAGCAGAACUCAAAAAGAAACGCGAGGAAAUCAACCAACUUCAACAACAAUUAACUACCUGUCAAACACAAAUGGAGUCCAUACAACAACAACUACAAGAGACACAGGAAGAAAAAGACAGAUUGGAAAAAGAAAAAGAGCAAUUAGAAGAAGAGGUCAUGAGCAUGAAGAUUGAUCAAGACUUUUCACAUCAUUCAAACCAAGAAGAAGUAGAUCAGUUGGGUAAACAGGUCAAGGAUUUUGAGAGCCAUUUUCAUCAGUUACGUGGUGAAUGUACAUUUUACAGGAACGAAAAUGCCUUUCUUAAACAGCAAUUGAUGCAGCUGCACACUCAACUUUCUCAAGCAGCUGGAUUAGACACGAUACUUUCUAGUCAUGAACCACACGUACCAAAGCAGGCAGUGGAAAUUGAACGUACUGAAACUGUAUCUGUUCCAACAAGUCCUAAAGAAGAUAAGACGACACUUCGUUCUUCUUCUGGUCUAGUACCACCGCCUUCUAAAGUAUUUCCCUUACCGGUCACACUCAAAAAGAAAAAGAAGACGACCAGUAAACUGACUAAGUUUGUCAAUGCAACUAAUCCAGGCAGAGUACUUGAAAACAAACCCAUUGGUACCAAACGUCCUUCCAUCUCUACUACCUAUGAACUAAACAACAAGAAGCUAAAGACAACUUCUGAGAAUUGCUUGGAACAAGCAAACAGUCUAAUAAAACAAGCUAGAUUACCUACAGAACAAGAAAUUAAGGAUAUGGGAGUGUCUCUAAUGAAAGAAAUUGACGAUUGCUAUGGUCGAAUCAAGACAAGUGCUGUGAUAGGCAAUCAUAUUGAAUUAGUGUCUUUUGGUAUACCUGACCAAUGUACACUACAACUGCCUAAAGGCAUGGAUCACCGUGAAAAGAUAUAUGCUUGGUACAUGGCUGCCAUCUAUCGAGUGUCGAGUGAAGAAUACAAUGCCUUAUUGAAAGAGCUUUCAGUCAAGAUAUCCAGUUGUUUAAAGACAAAAUCCUCAGCUUAUGCAUUCAAUGUCAUUCCCUGUCUCAUCAACGUAUCUCACAUUUGGAAAGAAGCAGGUCUUUUUACAACACACCUUAUGCUGUUUGAUACUUUCCAAGCAGCUGUUGCUCAUGUUGCCAAAAGAACAGGCACACCUGACAAUAUCAAAACGAUGUAUGAUAAGCUAAAAGAAUUGUUUGAAUGGAAUGAUUCUACUGGUAUUCCAGCGUGUAUUGACAAGACAUUUAACUAUCUCAAAGGACCAGAACUCAAACUACUAUAUCAACAAGACAAGGACUUGUUUAAACAGACCAGAUUCAAUAUCGUCAAGACCUUUGAAUUAGCCUUCUCAGUGCUUGAUAAUUGGAAUGAUCUGUUUGAUAAUUUCAUUCGAACAAGGCUAUGGUCAUUACUGGGUGGUGAAAUAACGGGUGAUAUUUCACUAGAAUUGAUUGGAGUGCUCGGUCGAUUAGGUGUCUCUCAAGAUCCUUUAAAACCUGAUAAACCUGGUGUAGCUACCCUUUUGAACUGUUUAAUACAGGUGAUGGAUAUGAAUGGUGAAGAAACAAAAGAAGACUUGACCAUCAAAUGCACUGCAGCUAGGUCAAUCAUGAAGAUUGCUGGCAAAGAUCCCAAAUACCAUGAGCAUGUACGAAAAUUUAUGGCUUCUCUUGCUUAA